CCGUCGUUUCGCGUGCCGGUCGUGUGUGCGCGUUCGUCGUAUAACGUUGUGUUUUAAAUACAAAAGUAAAAAAAAAAUUAUUUUUUAAAAAAAAACAACCCUUAAUAUAAUAAUUAUAAUUACGAUGUGAGUGUGGUGGCUCCGCCGCGUGCUCGUGUGUUUCGCACUGGGGGGACCCGCGUCCUCCCUCUGACCCUCGUUCGUCCGGGGCAUCUACCUAUCUACACACACAUAUAUAUUUAUAUAUAUAAUAUUGUGUGCGGUCAUAACGCCCCAGUGAUGAGACGCGUGAUGUCAACGCGACGACGGCGACGACGUCUGGUCUGCUACCCUUGACGGUCGACCACGUCCCAAAAGCGUACACGCGCUCGCUAAAAAGGGUGGUGGCGUUGUAAUCGGCCAAAUGGACCGUUUGCGUUCAACUUUCAAGCGGUCGCGCACGCCCACGGGCGCCGAGAUGAAGAUGCAAAACAGCCUGGAAGUGCCCAAACAGGUGCGGUCGGUGUCGUUCGACGAGAUCAAACUGGGCUGUUCCAAGCGGGACGACGACGCGCGCAAGUCGAUGACCAGCGACAGCUCGCUGGACGGCGUGUCGUCGUCGUCGCUGCGCGUGCCCACCGGCGGCGGACAGCGGUCCAGGAGUUUCGACUCGUCCGCGGACAAAGAGGACAGCACCGUAUUCCUGGAGGUGCCGUCCUCCAAACACCAGCUGUUCCACCGGCGGCGGUCGUCCGGCGAGAAGGUGCCGGCCGCCGCCGCGUGCGUCCACUGUGCCUAUCUGGAAGAGCUGUCCAAGAUGAACCGAUCAUCGUCUGGCGAUGAAAACCAAAGUCAGCGGUCGUUCACGUCGACGUCGGCCAGCGAGGACAUGGACGACGAGGACGAUCGUGGUUGUCAGAUCACGGUAACGGUGGCCGCCGACCAACCACCUUUGGUCGUGGUGGCUGCCAAGAAUCCGGCAUUGACGUUGGAGUUGACUCCGCCCGACCAGGAAUACCACGGUAACCGGCGGCGUUCGAUCACCUCACCGAAACUGGAACGCCAAGAGGCGUUCGUCAUCAACGACAUCAUGGAUCCGGCGGCCGUACGCGACUUGUUCCUGACCGUGCCCGACAUGAAGCGCGACAGGGCGGCCAGCAUGGACUCGUGCUUCAUCAACAAGACCACGCCGGCCGGCAAGCCCGAAGAAGUGGUGCCGGUAUCGCCCACGCAACUGCUCGACCCCAACUGCGGUCAAGCCACCAACAGUAACCUGAGGUCGAGAUCCGUCGACAUAGUACUACCGACGGACCAGCAGGCCAGAUACAAAGCGUUGUCCACCAACAAUCAAACGUCGCCUCCGUCAGCGGUGCCCGCGCACAAAGUACCACCCGACAAGGGAGCUACUGGAACGGAUGGCAACGAAAAGCUUUUAAAAAUCGUUCCAGAUUGGACGGAAGAAGCAAGCAACGACGAUCAUUUAUGGUCUGUAACGUCACACAACGUCGACUUUUGCUACAUCGGCGAAUCCGAAUGCACGAAACACGGUGUUCGCCUAAAAUGCUCUGCGUGCCGGAUAAUCGUGCAUUCCGAGUGCAUGAGCAAUCUGCCGGAGGCGGCCAAGUGCAAAUCGAGCUUCAAAGAUGACGGCGUGCGGCAAUACAGAGAACACAAAACGGUGAAGCACCACUGGAUGCACCGCAGGACGCAGAAGGACAAAUGUUCGCAAUGCGGAAAGGCGUUCCAGUCGGUACUUUCGUUCAGCUCCAAAGAGAUAAUCGCGCUCACGUGUUCCUGGUGCAAGCUGAGCGUCCACAACAAGAUGGCGUGUUUCAACGAUACAAAAAUGAAUGAACCAUGUUUCUUAGGUAAACAUAGCAAUAUAAUCGUUCCACCUUCUUGGAUUGUCAAAUUACCCAGGAAAGGUAACUUUAAAUCCAGUAUAAGAUCACCGAAAAAAAGGUCUUCUAAAAAGAAAACAAAAGAUAAGCCGGACAAAGAAGACAAACUGUUCGUGAUCAAACCUAUCCCGACGCUGAACGUUAAACCUGUGAUAAUAUUUAUAAACCCAAAGUCUGGCGGAAACCAGGGUGUAAAACUUCUACAGAAAUUCCAAUGGCAUCUCAACCCUCGGCAGGUGUUCGACCUGAGCCGAGGUGGUCCUAGAAUGGGUCUAGAACUGUACAAAAAGGUACCUAACCUCCGGGUGCUGGCUUGUGGCGGCGACGGGACCGUUGGCUGGGUUCUUUCCAUUUUAGACCAAAUAGCCAACGCCGUGUCGUUCCCGGUAGGAGUACUACCCCUGGGCACCGGUAAUGACCUAGCCCGGGCGCUCGGUUGGGGCGGGGGUUACAUGGACGAACCCGUGUCGAAAAUUCUAACGAAUCUCGAAGAGAGCGACACGGUUCGAUUGGACCGCUGGAAUUUGGAAGUGGUGCCCAACGAUACCGCUAAAACGGCUGAUCACGCCGGAAAAGACAACUUACCGUUAAACGUGAUGAACAAUUAUUUUUCCCUGGGCGUAGACGCUCAGAUUGCACUGGAAUUCCACGAGGCCAGAGAGGCGAACCCGGAGAAGUUCAGCUCGAGAAUGUACAACAAAUUGUUCUAUGGCGUUAGAGGCGGCAUAGAACUGUUAGACCGCAAGUGGAAAGGUUUAUCGGACCACGUGACUUUGGAAUGCGAUGGCAAAGACCUGACACAGCGCAUAAAAGAACUCAAGGUACACGCCAUAUUGUUUUUGAACAUUCCCAGCUACGGUGGCGGAACGCGGCCGUGGAACAAGUCAGCUGGCAACAAUUCCACCGACGACGGGCUUAUCGAGGUUAUCGGAUUAACGAUUAUGCAAAUAACAAGAUUGCAAACCGGAGGCACAGGGACGCCGUUGUGCCAGUGUAAAACCGCACGAAUCACCACUGACAUAUCUGUUCCCAUGCAAGUGGACGGCGAGGCUUGUCGUUUGAAGCCAUCAGUGAUAACCUUAGGGUUUUUCAAUCAAGCAACGAUGAUGGCCAAACGACGAAAAGGCAGACAAACGCCUACUCGGGAGGCUACUAUAGAGAAGCACAAAGUAGCUGUCCAAAGACUGAAACUCCAAGAUUACGAACAACACCAUUGCGAUAAAGAAGUGUUGGUCCAUUCAUCCAUCAACUUAGGAGAGAUCGAAGUAGAGCCAAUAGCUGACCUAGAAACCGUUCGGAAUUUGAUCGAGAAAUUGGAAAUAAACAGCGCACCGUGCAAGGACCAUAGCGGUAACAUGUUGCCGAAGUUAUCGUCAGACUGGUGCUUCGUGGACUGUUGCACAGCCGAGCGGUUUUUCCGAAUCGAUCGAGCCCAAGAGAGUCUGCACUAUCUAAUAGAUAUCACACACGACCAACUGUUUGUGUUAGACGAUCCACACAAAUCUCCGGCCGUGGAAGAAGAAGUCACCGCGGUUGUGCUGAAAGCCAAAGGCUGCGGCGAGGACUUGGAAACGGAAACACCGGAAGCGAGCGUGCGGGUAAAGUCGGAGGUGAAACGGUUGGAAAGCAUCAAAGGUCAGUCGUCCGUGUCGUUUCGGCGUAAUGACGAUCGAACAACGACGGAUCCUCAUUCUUUAAAAGCUUGUGACAUAUACAACCGCUUAUUCAAUGUACACGCGAACGAAGACCAUCAAUACAGUCGAAUACGAACAUCCGAAAAAAUCAUUGACGCCGCCAAAACAGGGAAUUUAAAUAUGCUGAGAAAUCUGUUCGAAAUGGGUUACUCGCUUAUGUCCACCGACAAGGACGGACAGACGGCUCUUCACGUGGCCAGUCAACGCGGCGAUUCCAAUCUAGUCCGGUACAUACUGGCCAACGCACCGUCAAACAUAGUGUCGGUCAAAGACAAUCAAGAGGGCCAAACUGCAUUGCACGUGGCAGUGAAAAACGGCGAGAGGAAGAUUUGCUAUCUUCUGGUGUCGGCCGGCGCUCCACUUCAGGCCGCCGACAAGUACGACAGGACGGCCCAGCAAAUAGCUGAGCAGAUCAAGGAUUACGAUCUCGCCAAGUACUUAGAAUACAGAAGUCAACAAGUCGAUUUCGAUUAAGAACUAAUGAAAGGCUCAAGAAGACGCGCGGCUCGUGCCGGCCAAGAACAGUUCGUGUCGUUUGCGGACCAAACCGAGACGUCUGUUUGAUUUUGUCAACAACAACCACCGUCGGCGAAAAGCUCCAGACCGACGACUUACAUUUUUUUAUCGUUCAACAUACAUUAUUAUUAUUCGUAUUCUUAUUACUAUUACUUAAUUAUUAUUAUUGUUAUCGAUAUCAUUCGUAAUUAUGAAUAUUAUUAUUGUCAUUUAAGUCUUCAGAGAUGGUAACAAAAAAAAAAAAAAACACACUACCA